CUGCUCGAUCCUUUCCCGUGAAAUGCUUCCAUUGUGGUGCGGACUUCUCGACCGAUUUAAUCGGUCCUCGCUAAGGGAUCGACCCAUUAUGCUAACUCAAUCUGCAUUCCCUUCCAAUAAGCUCAUCUCCUCCCCGCUGGGGCCCAAUCUCCUGUCUCUCGAAUGAUUAGGCCGGCUUAAUGUUCAUUUCGCAGACCGGGAUGGGCAAAGCUUUUAACUUCCUCGGUUGGGUGGUCGUCGUCGUGGCUCUCUACAAUGAGUUGAGGUCGGAGAGAGAGAGUUACGAGAGAAGCGAAGAGAUGGGCAACAACUGCUCGGCCGAUGGAACAGCGCCCAAGGAUCCCGCACUUCCCAGGAAGAAGAGCAUCGUGCAGAAAAUCGCGGGGAAGGUGAAGAAGAUGAAACCCAAGGGCAAGAAGAAGAAGGACGACAAGAAGGACGACAAGAAUGACGACGAGGAGAAGAAGUGAAGAGGAACCAAUCCGCCGCCGGAUCGAUCCAUAACUCGAUGUAGCGACUACGAUCACGAGUUCAGAAUGCUCGUAUGGAACUUGAAUUGUAAAAAUUCCUUAACCGUCUCACCAACCACCAUCACCACCACCUCCCGAGCUCGACACUAGACUUACAAAAUGGGCAACACGUGCUCCAACUCCCCAGGCGCAAAAGCACAAUCCGAUGCUUCGCGAUCCAAGACCGGGUCCGAGUCGGCAGACGAUCCCAAACGGAAGCGCAGCAUGCUGCAGCAACUCGGGGACACGCUGUCGGGAAGACCACCCUGGAACCCUUCCACUCUCAUCCCAGAGCCGCCCCGCAAGACGCGCGAGCUCGAUGAGUAUCCGAUCUACGCACCUUCGAGUCGGCCGGAGGGGGCUGACAAAUCCAAGCCCAAGUCCUCCAAGAAAGGAAAGCCUAGCGCCAAAGAGGAUGACUCUAAAUCGUACGUUUUGUACUUAGUCUAUGACGAUGUCAUGUAUUUUUUAGGUCUGCUGUCCAAUUCGAUUAUCCCCCGCCUGUACAUCUGAUUCCCUUCUGUGAACCUCCUUCGGUUUUUGUUCGUCCAUUGGACUUCAAUUUUACGGUCGAUCAGGAGACCGACCGGUUUUCAAUCUCGGUCGACAUACGAUCGGCCUCGUGAAAUGCAAUUCCUUUUGGAACACAGCCCUGA